UGGGAUGGUCAGUGGUACUUGAAAUAGAGUUCGACUUUUGCAAAGAUCCACUUGUAUUGGCGAUUCGCGUUUCGCUAUAUUAACAAAAAAAAAAAAUUAUUUUUCCAUUUACGAACGAAAUAAUUACUUCCGUUCACGUGUUGGCUAAAUUUCUGUUUCACAAAUAACUUAAAAUCUUAAGAAUUAAAUGUAAAAAAAUUGCCGAUGAAUUUUCAUAAAAAUGGUCGUGCAGGCGUUGCAAUGGACACGUUUCCUUCUCUCGGUUUGCGGCUGCAUGCCACCAACGUCGUGGAAAUCGUCGUUUAAAAAGUCGCUGUACAAUAUUUACACGUUCGUUAUAUGGUUGUUAAUACUGAGCCUCGUAUCCACCCAAAUAUUAGACAUAAUUAUCAACGUGAAAAAUAAGAAUGAAUUCAUAGAGAAUUUUUAUAUCACGCUGGUUGUAUUCGUUACAAGUUGCAAAAUGACUAUUAUAUUAAGGUAUCGUAAAAAUAUUUUAUCUUUGAUGGACGAUCUUCAACACGAGCCUUUUUCACCGAUCACACACGAGGAAAACGAGAUCCGUACAAAAUUUAACAAAAUGAACGAACGGACUUCGAUUUGUUACACAAUUCUGGUCUUAGUUUCCGCGACAUGGAUAUUCGUGAGAUCGUUCUUUACCGAUUUCAAAAAAAGAAAACUGACCUUUCGAGCUUGGCUGCCGUACGAUUAUUCGGAAUUGUUGCCAUUCACGUUGAGUUACGCUCACCAAGCGACAACUUCAAUGUUCUGCUCUUGUCAGAACAUUUCAUGCGACACCCUGUUCGGUGGCUUUUUGGUUCAAAUUUACUGCCAAUUCGAAAUACUGGAGGAGCGUCUGAAAAAUGUUCAACAAGACGAGUCUAAUUAUUCGGCGAAACAAUGCGUUAAACAUUAUCAUCAAAUAUACAAAUUCUCUAGAACGUUGAACGAGAAAUUCAAGGUAAUACUCUUCUUGCAAUUUUGCGCGAUCGCGUUCAUACUCUGUUUCAAUCUCUAUCGAAUGACCACUAUAACGAUGAUUCCUAAAUUACUGGAAGCGUCCCUAUAUUUAAUUCGCGUUUUAGUUCAGAUAUUGUACUAUUGUUGGUUCAGUAACGAAGUCAAAUUAAAGAGUCUCGAGGUGCCCGGCAUGAUAUUUAAAAGCGAUUGGACAUCGUGGGACGACAAGACGAAAAAAAUCUUUCUAAUAAUCAUGACACGAGCGACACAACCUUUCGAAUUUACCAGUGGUUAUUUGGUGACGUUGAACCUUGAAUUUUUCGUAGCGCUAAUAAAAGCUUCGUAUUCCGUCUUUAAUUUAUUGCAACGAACUAAAUGAAGAUCUCCCCGUCUUAAAAUUAUUUAUUCCAAUUCGAAACAGAUGCAUGUAGCUGAAAAUGAAUCCCGUUAAUCCCGUUUCUGUAUCACGAAAUUACAACAGAUUUAUAAAUAAAACUGGUAUAAAUACUUACUCGAUCGUAGAAAAAAAAA